AUGCCUCCUUUCGGAACCAGCACCUCAGUAUUGGACUCAUUCUUGACAGAGAUUGUCGACAGCAUCCAAACCAAAAAUGGCCAACGAAUUACCGAGCUCAUUCAACUCGAUUUCGAAAGUCUCUCUCCGGCGCGUCAGAAACCAUACGCGGACCUGAAUCGGGAACUGAACGAUAAUUACCCUCCCGGCAGCGACGGUGAGCUUGUUUCUCGAUGCAAGAAAGAUUUGUCCCAGGACGAGUUCGGCACUUUCAGUUCCCCAUUUUCCGAGAGCAUCAUACAGUACUUUCGCUAUCUCAGAGAUUUCACGACUGCCGACAACCAGGCCAAAGCCUCCAAGAUAAGACAAUUGACCAGCCAAUGUGUCGCUGCUCUCGGAGAUUCCAAAUAUGGAGUUAUCAUGAUCCCAAUCGUUCUCUCUUUCUCCCGGACCCUGGCAGCGGUCGCCACGAAUUUGGACCGGAAUCCUGCCUGGGUAAGGGACAGCCAUCUACCAGCAUUGCAGGGUCAAGAAGGCGCUCCAGGCAAAGUCAGCUUUGUUGAAGAUGCCGCUAAUGUGCUCCGAGAUGCGUUCAUCAAGUGUCUUGCCGGCAGCCCUGGUGUCCAACGCACCUCCAGACCCUCAGCGGACGACAAACGCGUCGGCAUCUACCUCACCGCGAAUUCCUGUCUCAAAUUACUCAUACAAUGUCGCAAGCUCCGGAACGCACAGCAGAUGUUCUCUAGUAUCGAUGCGCAGUCUCCGCCGCUGUGGUACUAUCCAGCCGCGCAAAGGGUGACGUACCUGUACUAUCUAGGCCGCUAUCACUUCGCCAACAACCAUUUUCGGCGGGCCCAAAGGGUUCUCCAAACGGCGUACGAGCAAUGCCAUCGUCAAGCCAUCACACAUCGGAGGUUAAUCCUCAUCUACCUGAUGUCGGCCAAUCUCUGUUUGGGCCGUUUUCCAUCUGCCGCUCUCCUUUCACGUCCGGAAGCCACCGAGAUCGGAGCCAGGUUUGUGCCUCUUUGCAAGAUCAUCCAAAGUGGCGAUCUGGGGUAUUUUCAUCAGUAUCUGGGCCUGGAAAGCGAAUCGGGCCUCUGGUUCUUGAAAAGAUCCGUCCUCUUUCAACUGCGAGACCGGUGUGAGAUCAUAGUCUGGAGAAGUCUCAUUCGAAAGACAUUCCUUCUGAGCGGCUACAUGGGUGAGGAGAAGAAAGUGCCGUUCCUGAGGUUGCAUUAUGUCCUUCAUGCUGCUGCAUGGGCAUUGCGCAAGCAGAAAGUAAGAACAAUGGUCAACGGAUAUAGGUCCCAAGUAAUCCCUACAGUGGAAAAUUAUGUCGACCCCGAAUUCGCCGACAUUGAUGCAGCGAUCAACGAGACGGGGUUUGAUAUCGAUUCUGGGCAAUACAUCGAUGAGUACAUUGGCCAGCAUGUCGCCUCUGUGGAUCACUCAGAUGAGUCGCCCACGAUGAACGAAGUUGAGUCAGUGGUGCUGAGUUUGAUACAACAAGGCUUACUUAAAGGCUUCGCUCUACACACCAAUCCUCGGUUUGCCAUUCCAGGAAGCCAAAAGGCGGGAGGGCCAAUGCGAGCGGGAUUUCCCGAGGUUUGGGGCGUUAUCAAGAGUAGAGAUAGUGGUGAGCUGGUGCCUGGUUUGGUUGAGGAGGGGAAUCUGGAUUCUAAUGGGGGAAGGGUAGUGAGACUCUUUGGAGCUAGACCAGCUGGUGGGUGA